GGUUAGUUCGCCGCGGCCAACAGUCGCUACGCCUCCGUUCUUCUGUUGAGUUAGACUUCUCGAAGAGAAUCAGUACAGCGCAAAAAAGCCCGGUUUUUUCAUUUUCCGCAUUAGUUUUUCCAAGGCAUCUUCACCCUUUAUCGGCUCUGCCUGACCUCGACAAAAGAUGUAGCGGCUUUUCGGUAGGCUACCGUACUGAUCCCGCUGUAUUUUCCCCCUGUCAGCCUUUGAAACGGUCUGAUAUUUCGUUUACGCUGGCCGCUUCCUUAUCCUUUGAACAUCGGUGAGGUCUUUCUCUUUUAAAUAUCUCUAAACUUAUUCUGAAGAUUUUUGUGUCCGGAUUUGUCGAAUCGUUUUUCGAUGGGCUUUUGAGAAAAGUGCCUUACUCGAAAGUUCCCUCUUUUUUUUUCUCUCUCUGAAACUAGAGAGGCAAACUUUUUCAAAACAGUGUACCCAGGACAAUAUUGUUUAAAAAAAGAAAAACCCUACCGGUCUUAAUAAAUACGGACCAUUGAACAAAGUCGAAGUCAAUUUUUAAAUGUUUGCCCCUUUCAGCUUACCAUGAGUGAAACUCGCGACACUGCUGAAAGGCCUUCGCAGCAGCAAGAUGGGCCACCAGUCAAGAUGGACCAGUUCAGAAAUAUGUCAGCGGUUUUGUUUUCAAUUCUACUGUUUCCAUGUAUUACAACUGUGAAGAUAUGAAGAUGUAUUGCAUUACAGGGUACACUUGUAAGGGCUAUACCAACUGGUCAAUCCUCUAGAUUUAUGAUGACCCCUGUACAGUCAUCCACAGCUUUAAUAAGUACAACAACAACAAUUCAAGCCCAAGUGCUUUCCAAAGUUCCUGCAGGAGCUACUUCUGUUAACAGAUUAAAUACUUUACCAAUCCAGUCCUCUGCGACGGCGACAACAACUGGUUAUCAUGUUCCUAGAGGAGCUGCCGCUGUGGCGAACAUAUCAGUUCCAAGGGCAUCAGUUGCGACACCAAUUGUAAGAGCACCACCUCAGCUACAAGCCAUUGGAGUUGCACCUGCGCAUACGGGGGCUAGUGCUGGCCCAAUUGUAGGUCGAUCUGUUGUUGGAGUGACACCUUGGGUCACUGCUUGUUUGCCACCAAAUCCACAAUCAAAUCCAAGACAACAGUCGUCUCAGUUGCGGCCUCCACCAGUUACAACAACAAAGCUCAUGAGCAACCAAAUCAGACCAAUUCCUGAGAAUCAGGCAAGGCCAGUGUUGCUCCACUCGACAACAAAACAAGUCACAUUGACCCAACAGGCACAAGUGCAGGUGUCGGGUGAAAAAGCUGUAAUAAAGAGUUACAGUGGGGCAAAUCAAGGUACAAGGAUGGUGACACCGGUUUCUGCUCCUCCACUUUCAAGGAUUACCACUUCACUACCUCCAAUGGUCUCAUUACAUCCUGCAGUUCUUGUUCCUAACAAUUCAUCACUACCGAUUAAAUCUGCCACAUCACAAGCUAAAGUAAUCUCCCAACCAGGGGCGACCAUGCAGUUCACCUCGGUGCCUGUGAGCUCUGUUCAGCCUGCGAUCGCAAUAAACUCAGUAGUUACUAGACCAGGGCUUGUUACAGUCAUGCUCACAAGUGGAGGGGCACAAGGGGCAGUCAGUACAAGUAACAUCACUACUAUGUCAACGACUCCGACCACUAAUACUGUUGCGAGAAUCCCGCACAAUCCUAAGACAUAUCAAGAGAUCACAUCACAGCCAUCCAGUUUUGUUCACACUUCAAUGCCAUCUGGUGGAAAAUCCAACCCGGCAACUCAACUCAGUAGAGAACAGAGGCUGCCAACUAAAGAUGAUACUGAAGUGACGUCCGGAUCCAAUGCCAUGGUGAAUCUCUCCAACUCAGUGUAUACAAUGCCUGGGUGUACAUAUUAUGACAACUACCAAAUUUCUUCAAGAUCUUCAACAACCACCUCAACAUCAUGUCCACAAAACCAACCAAUGUCAUCAUCUUCACAAAGUGUGAUGUCACCAAAUCAAAAUGUUCGGUCAGUGACGGUCGUAGAUUCUUCUAGAUCCUAUCUGUCUGCAAGUGAAGCAGGAAAUUCUUCAACUGAUAGCAGUUCAUCCUUUUCUAUUAUAACGCUUUCUUCGGGAAUUCCCCAUAACUUAACAACAAAAACGAACACUUCACCAAGGCCUAGUAUCUUAAGGAAAAGAGAUCCUGAGGGUUCUCCGUUGAAGGCACAAAAAAAUCUUAUGCCUGUCUUGAGCAGUUUACCAAUUUCGACCGGUUCACCACCGGGUCCUGGUUCACCUAAAAGGCCUGAGUCGGGACACUCGGGUCAGUCUUCUGCCGGUAGUACAACAAUUUCAGCGAAUUCGUCUCCUGGCGAGUCGCCCACAAUAAUAAAACAAGAACCGAGUGAAGAUGAUCACCAAUCGACUCGAUCGACCCCUGUUGCCCCGCCAAUAAUGGAAAUGAGCCCAAGGAAAAAACCGAGAAAACAACAACUAACUGGGAACCAAAUCACCGAGCCAACAUUCAGUGAGGAUGAAAUGGAAUUUAUAUCUGAAGAUAAAAUUAAGAAAGAAAUAAAAGAAGAAUUGAUUUUUGAAGAAGAAAAAUGCUUGCCAAAGAGAACUAUGUCACUUUUAAACUCGUACAAACAACAUUGGAAAGUAAGGAAUAAUCAUUUCCUCCGAUAUACAGAUGUUAAAACAAAAGAAGACAGAAAGCCUACGUUAAGCGAAUUAGCAAAUCAGAAGCAUGUUUUACAGAAACUUGAUGGCUGGAAGAUCUACCAUCUAGGCACACAGAUUGAAGACAUGAGCAAUUCUGAGGCUGAAUUUUUUAACCUUUAUUCAUCACUCCUCAGCGUUCUUGAAAUAAAACAGAAAAAAAUUAAAAACAAAGAUUUGGAUAAAGACAUUCACAGGAUCAAUGAAAGGAUCAGGGCAAACUUUCAAAGGAGUAAAGUUGUUAAGGAUCAGAUGAACGAGGCGAGGACGCAGGUGCUCAAAUUAUUCGAGCAUAAAGGCUAUGUUGCAGAUAUAAUAAACAGGAAUGCAACGAAAAGGCCUCUUAAGAAAAGGGAAAGGCAGUAGAAUUGGUUGGAUACAAUUAAUUAUUUUACCAUAUGCUGUUUGAUCUCAUCUGUUAUGAAGAAUAUUGUGGAAUUGUAUUUCUCCUUAUUUAGUUUUCCAUUGAAAGAGAAACUUUUAAUGUUACAUUUUAAUUGUUUAUUAACAACAAAACCCUAUUUAUUUUAUUAUAAAAGACCUCAUUCUAAACACUGAUGGAAAUUGUUUGAAAAUAUAAAUACAUUGAAUAAUAGUAUUAGGUGAUCAAGAUAAGUGCAAUAAAUAAAAGGGUCAAAAAUUUGUUAAGAAAAACGUACAAAACAAAAACAAGUGGAGUAUUUUAAUUAUAAUAAUAUAGUUUUUAGUUAUCAUUACUUUCGUAAUUUUUUGUGCUCUUUCAGUUCCGUUAUUGCUAAUGUAAUUAUUUUUUUAUACUUAAAUUGGAUUAUUUGUUCUUGUUCUUCUGUUGCCAGUGAAUUUAAUCACUAAGAUCGAUUAGACAAAAAUCAAUGAUUUGGAUUUUCAAAGUAAAGCAAAGUUUCAGUUUUCUUAAUAUCCCUGAGCGGUUGUAUUUUUAUUUAUUUUUUAUUUUUUUUGUUUGUGUUUAUUUGAGUUAUUAUUUUUUUAUUGUUUGUACAAACAGUAUAGUUAACUUAUAAGGCCACAAUUAAAGACAUAGUAUCAAA